AUGCCAAGUACCAGUUUUCCAGUCCCUUCCAAGUUUCCACUCGGCCCUUCGGCUGCAGUCUGCGGGAGCGGAGAAACUUUGGGGCCCGCGCCGCCCUCCGGCGGCACCAUGAAGUCGGCGGAGGAAGAGCACUAUAGUUAUGCGUCCUCGAGCAUCAGCUCUGCUCUGCCUCCCGGCUCGGCUCGCCCCUCGCUGCCAGCUCCAUGCCAUGACCUGCAGACCUCGGCCCCAGGCAUGCCGGCCGCUGCGGCAAGUCAGCCCCCGGGCUAUGGUGGGGCGGUGGACAGCAGGCCCUCGAGCUGCUUCCUCUCCUCUGGCCAUGUCAGGCCCAAUGGGGCCCCCGCCCUGGAGAGUCCUCGCAUCGAGAUCACCUCGUACCUGGGACUGCACCACGGCGGCAACCAGUUUUUCCACGAUGCGGAGGUAGAAGACAUCCCUCCCGGCUCCCAGCGGCCCCCGUGCACGGCCACGCUGGGUCUGCCCGGCCUGGAGGCCUACCGCGACCCCUCCUGCCUGAGCCCGGCCAGCAGCCUGUCAUCCCGUAGCUGCAACUCUGAGGCCUCGUCGUUCGAGUCUGGCUUCUCGUACCCCUACGCGUCCCCACAGACGUCCCCGUGGCAGUCACCCUGUGUGUCCCCCAAGACCACGGACCCCGAGGACGGCUUCCCCCGGGGCCUGGGGGCCUGCGGCCUGCUCGGCUCCCCCAGACACUCACCCUGCGCCUCGCCCCGCGCAAGCGUCACGGAGGAGAGCUGGCUGGGGGCCCGCACGUCCCGGCCCCCGUCCCCCUGCAACAAGAGGAAACAUGGCCUCAAUGGCCGGCAGCCGUCCGGCUCCCCACACCACUCGCCCACACCGUCCCCACGCAGCUCGCCGCGGGUUAGCGUCACCGACGACACCUGGCUGGGCAACAGCACGCAGUACACGAGCUCCGCGAUCGUGGCCGCCAUCAACGCCCUCAGCACCGACAGCAGCCUGGAGCUGGACGGCGUCCCCAUGAAGGCGCGCAAGACCGCCCUGGACCACUGUCCCUCUGUGGCGCUCAAGGUGGAGCCAGCGGGCGAGGACCUGGGGACCACGCCGCCCACGUCCGAGUUCCUGCCCGAAGAGUUCCUGUCCUUCCAGCACAUCCGGAAGGGUGCGUUCUGUGACCAGUACCUGUCGGUGCCGCAGCAUCCAUACCAGUGGGCCCGGCCCCGGUCCCCGGCCUCCUACACCAGCCCGUCCCUCCCCGCCCUGGACUGGCAGCUGCCAUCGCGCUCGGGACCCUACGAGCUGAGGAUCGAGGUGCAGCCCAAGCCCCACCACAGAGCCCACUAUGAGACGGAGGGGAGCCGGGGGGCCGUGAAGGCAUCGGCCGGAGGACACCCCAGCGUGCAGCUACACGGCUACUUGGAGAAUGAGCCACUCACACUACAGCUGUUCAUUGGGACGGCCGACGACCGCCUGCUGAGACCCCACGCCUUCUACCAGGUCCACCGGAUCACAGGCAAGACCGUCUCCACCACCAGUCACGAAGCCAUCCUCUCCAACACCAAAGUCUUGGAAAUCCCACUGCUGCCAGAGAACAACAUGCGAGCCAUUGUGGACUGUGCCGGGAUUCUGAAGCUUCGAAACUCGGACAUCGAGCUGCGGAAAGGAGAGACGGAUAUCGGGAGGAAGAACACCAGGGUGAGGCUUGUCUUCCGGGUGCACAUCCCACAGCCCAACGGCCGGACGUUGUCCCUGCAAGUGGCCUCCAACCCCAUCGAGUGCUCCCAGCGGUCGGCCCAGGAACUGCCCCUCGUGGAGAAGCAGAGCGCAGCCAGCUGCCCUGUCCUCGGUGGGAAGAAGAUGGUCCUGUCUGGCCACAACUUUCUGCAGGACUCCAAGGUCAUUUUUGUGGAGAAAGCACCAGACGGUCACCACAUCUGGGAGAUGGAGGCGAAGAUGGACAGAGACCUGUGCAAGCCGAACUCGCUGGUGGUUGAGAUCCCGCCUUUCCGCAAUCAGAGAAUAACCAGCCCUGUGCAAGUCAGCUUCUAUGUCUGCAACGGGAAGAGAAAGAGAAGUCAGUACCAGCACUUCACCUACCUUCCUGCGAACGCUCCUACCAUAAAAACAGAGCCCACCGAUGAUUACGAGCCUGCUCUGACCUGUGGACCAAUGAGCCAGGGCCCGAGCCCUCUCCCCAAGCCGUGCUACAGCCAGCAGCUGGUGAUGCCGCCUGACCCGGGCUCCUGCCUGGUGGCUGGCUUCCCGCCCUGUCCACAGAGGAGCACCAUGGUGUCACCGCCCCCCAGCAGCAGCCCGAAGCUCCACGACCUCUCUUCCGCCACCUACAGCAAGGGCAUGGCCAGCCCGGGCCACGGUCACCUUGGACUUCAGCGGCCGGCCGGAGGGGUCCUCACCGUUCCAGAGACACCGAGACCUGUGGGUGUGCACCCCGGCCCCCCCCAGCAGCCGCCUCCUGCCCUGCUGCGACCACAGUAAAUGAAAUAAUACGGAACGAUCUCUCCAGCGCCAACAUCCGAUCAUAGCUGGCCAC